AUGAGCUAUUCCACAGUUGUAUGGAUCGAUGAUCCAUUGUUCAUCAAACGUCAGCGUGUUCAGAUGGCUUGUUCUUUUUGUCGCCAGAGGAAGAUACGUUGCGAUGGAAGAAGUCCAUGUUCAAACUGUAAGAAAUAUUCCACGGAUUGUAACUACGUGAAGAUAGAAAAGUCAACCAGGGGAAAAACUUCCAUCAGGCCUGUCGUCACCUCCUCUGUUGGUGAACAAAUAUCUUCUGCAAACAUCAUUCCCACCACCCAAAACGUGCAAAAUUCUCACGGAAAACGUCCAAUUAUAGAGGAUUCUUCAGAAUCUCAGAGUUUACCCCCCGCCCGUCGUCACUGUGUCAAUUCUUCGACUCUUUCCACUUCCGCUACCACUAGUGUCACCAACUCCAUCUCCUCCACCUCAUCUGCCUCCACCAUCAUCUCCGCUUCCACAUCUUCUUCUCAGACGACGGCUGCCUUGCAAGGUAGUUCGGUUUCUCGAUCGGAACCAAAACUACCGUCCGUCGAAGAUAGAUACUUUUUGAUGCCUGAUAAAGACAUUUUUGACCACUUGUUGUCACUCUAUUGGGCUAACGUCCAUCCGUACAUUCCCGUCCUCAAUAAAUCCCAUUUCCUACAACAACUUGAGAAUCCACACGAUCCUCCUUCACCUCUGUUGCUCAAUGCCAUGUUUGCUAUCGCCGCGGAAUUUUCUGAUCGCCCUCAUAUAAGGAGUGACCUGGAAACUCAUGAGAAUGGUGGUUGGAUAUUCUUAGAUAGAGCUCGCAAUUUGAUCGAUCCAUUUUUGGACGCCCCAAGGAUGUCCACCAUUGCUGCCCUCAUCUUGAUGUCAAUAUAUCAACAGCACAAUACCAGGCGUUCUGGAAUUUCUCCUGGUUACUUUCGUAGGUGGAUGUACAUUGGAAUUGCAAUUCGUAUGGCCCUGGAAUUAGAUUUGAACAGGGAACUUGAUGAUCCACAUGUCGACCGUUCUCUCAAGGAACUAAGAAAAAGAUUGUGGUGGUCUCUAUUCAUGGUGGAUGUUUUGGUUGGUUGCGGGAUUGGAAAAUGCAGCAAUCUUGAGGAUGACGAGUAUACAAUUUCGGAACCAGACGAAAAUGAAUCGGUGGAUGAACCAGAAUUAAAGGUUAACGGUGCACUCAGGGAAUUCAUCUAUCAGAUAAAAUUCACUCGGCUUCUUCACCAGCUGUUGAGACACAAUUUUUCCUCCAAAGUGUCCAGUGCCUUUAUCAAUCAUGACAUCAUCUCAAAUUUCGAAGAUCAGAUUCGCGAUUGGUUCAUGUUCUUACAGAUUCCUGGUCAAACCACCGAGUCUCUUGUCGAGAAUGACUCCAAUUACUCCACCAUGAUGCUACAUCUGCAUAUGUUAUAUCACUCUUUCAUCAUCCUGCUGCAUCGAAGAUAUAUUCUUAACCAAAGUUCACUGUCGAAAUGCGUUCAGGCUGCCCAAAAAGUUACUCCAAUCGGCUCUUUGAUACUUCGUAAAUAUUCUUCCCCUUUCAGAGGAUUCCUCAAUUGUUCAACUUGGUGUUUGUUGCAAGCCGGGAUGAUCCAUGCACUGAACAAAGUCAUAGGCAACGAAGCCCAAGAUCGGGUGGCCGAAGAACAUUACGAAAAGAUUGUGCAUCUCUUUCAAAAGCAUUCACAAAUCACGGCUCUGCAAGUGUUACAAGAUUAUGCAAACACCUGUAGUUCUCAUCGAUUGUCCGUGAUGGAGGCUUGGUCUGCCGCUGCAACCGAUGGCCGAGAAAUAUUUUCCUUGGUGAGCGGGAGUAAGGUUGGUAACAACUUUGACAACCAUCACAUCACCAACACCGUUUCUUCGGUACUAUCGUCACCUCCCUUCGUUAAAUCUUUUCUCCCACUUUCAUCUUCACUUUCAAUAUUAUCACCCCCAAUAAAUCGUUCGCCUUCUACCACUACCACUGCUUCUGCUGUUGACACUGAAAACAAUCCGUACGAAAUUUUAAAAUUUUCCAAUACGAAUUCAUUUCAGAACUUAUCAUAUGCCAGCGCAGCCACCGCGCUUCACAUGUCUCCGGUCACGAACUCCGGUGGAUUCGAGAUUUCUCAUCUAUCCCAAAUCAAUACCCCAUUUCCGAGUCCACACAACGGUGCUGCCUCACCCAUGUGUGGCGGUACCCCACAUGAAUCUCCAGACGUGGACCCUGGUCACUUUACAAAUGUGACAUCGCCUAUGAUCGAUAGUGAGGGAACUUCUGUCCGUUCUCCUGAUGAUUUCAAUUUUAUUCCCUUUCUAGGCAAAGUCCAAGGGAUCAACAACGAAGAUUGGUUCAAUAAUAAUCAUCAAUCUGGUCCCUCUUCUCAACACGGGACUUGGCAACAAAAUUUGGGAAAUAGCAAUUACACGCGUUUCUCGUUGGCGUCACCGCACCCGGUCACGCCACCCUCCAAGUCGACGGUGGACCUUUUUGGUAAACACCAAAACACCGGUCACAUCUCGUCUCCAAUUAAAAAGUUAGGAUCCCCCGUGGUCAGUUCCCCUCCCCACGCGUCAAGUUCAAACAUAUCGGUGUUCUACCCCGAAGGGAUUCACACCCCGAUCAUACAACCUUCCCCCACCACCUCCCCUUUUCAUUCUCCCACACAGCAUGAGGUUGGUGCCGGAAUGAGUUCCAACAUUAUCCCUUGCGAUAAGACACCCAGUGUCGGUGCCACACCACCCGCCAACUAUUCACAUCUCACAAACGUCGGUUCUAACCGCCAUGAAAGUGCGACAGGUUAUUUUGUCGGUGGUGGUUUCAGUGGCUUGGGGAUUUGCUCCAACUGA